AUCAAUUUUAUGCAGUGAAAAAGGUGGAGCCUAAGGAAACGGAGAUGGACAAAGAUAUUUUGGAUGACUGCGGUGAUUUCAUAAAGGGGAAUAAAUUACUGGGGAAGAAAUUCAAAAAACAGAAUGAAGGUGUGCUGCGCAUUCGGAAUUAUAUUAGAUAUUUGGAAGGUAAAGCUACAGAACCGAAAAUGGCGGACAGGCCGGAAGAAGAACCAGAAAUUGAUCCAGUAUUAAAGAAAGACAUUGCAGAUUUGUUGAAGAAAUCUCAUGAUUUAUCUAAUGAUAUCUAUCAAACGGAACAGGAAAUAAAAAAUCUUGGAGCUAAACCUGGCGAGGGCAUUUUCGAUCCUGACAGCUGGCUGAACUCUUUGACAUUGACACAGUUAGCUGAGCUUCACGAUAAGAUUUGUCAGUUGACAUUGGACAUGGUGCACCAGGACAGUAGAGCGGUGCCGUGCGAUGGUUAUGAACCAGCGACUCCGUCAAAGGCGGAUUAUAAUAUUUUGAACCAGCGUAUAGCUGCUUUGCAGAAACAGAUAGCGGAAAAGCGAAUGGAGGCAGACUGGAAGCUUCAGGAGCUGAGGAGGGCUCUUCAAAACGAGCAGGCUAACUUAAUUCGAAUCUCCGAUCAGAUGAACUUUGAGAGAAAACGCAAUUUGAACCUUCAGCAUAGCAUAGAUGAUUCACCGUAAUCCGGUUUUCCUUUAACCUCGUUCAACGUUCGACGAUCGUUUUCUCCAAGACAUUCCACGGAUGAGAAGAAUUAUAUUUCCUCGGUUCUUGAAGCUAAUGAAUUUAACGAAUUUUUAGUGAACUAUAAGAUCAACAAACCGUACAAGAAAACAUAGGUCCUGAAAUUGUGUUAUCGAUGAUACAUCUAUUUCUUAUUUAAUGAUCGCCGAUGUAAGUAUAUGUAAAUAAAAAGU